AUGCCGAUUGACCAUACAUCGACGUUAUUCCACGACGGGGAGCAAUAUGAACUGACAGAAGAUGGCCACCUCCCCCCUUUCACACCCGCACGCACGCCGAAGUAUAAAGAUGGAAGUUCAAUAGACUGGCUACACGAAGAGGCAGCAGAACGAGAACGAGAUCAUGCUCUUCAUUCGCAAGCUGGAGUUCGUGGCGCGUUGCUUCCAGCAAUAGAAUCUGCGAGGAUGUGGGUCGUGGUAAUUGUGACGGGAAUGGGAAUUGGUAUGGCUGGAGCGUGGUUGGACGUGUUGGUGAAAUGGUUGGGUGAUCUUCGUGAAGGGCGCUGUUCUUAUGGCUUCUUCUACAACUCAGUCGCGUGUUGCUCGGGGCUGGAUCCUGGCGAAGUUUGCAAGGAUUGGGAAACUUGGAGCGACUACCUGCAUAUUAAAUCAGUUUUUGCGCAUUCUCUACUGCAAGCUUUUGUGUACGUCGCACUUGCAAUUGUAUUCGCAGGAGCCGCUGCUUUACUUGUUGUGAAUUAUGCCCCUUACGCUUUCCAUACCGGAAUUCCCGAGAUCAAGGCCAUCUUGGGAGGCUAUGUAUUCGACUCAUUCCUAACGCCUUGGACCCUCCUUAUUAAAGCUCUGGGUCUAGCACUCACUGUAGCUUCAGGGUUAUCGCUUGGCAAAGAGGGACCCCUAGUGCACGUAUCUUGUUGCAUGGCAUAUUUAGUUUCUCGGUUGUUCAAGCAAUUCCGACACAAUGAAGCUUCGAAACGUCGAGUCCUGGCAGCUGCCGCAGCCGCAGGCGUCUCCGUCGCUUUCGGCAGUCCUCUCGGCGGGGUACUGUUUGGUCUUGAAGAACUUGAUACAUUUGCAAACGAAACCGAUGUUAUGUGGCGGGGUUUCGUAGCUUCCGCCGUUGCAGCAGUCGCCCUUCAAUGGGUAAAUCCUUUUGGAACGGCAAAACUGGUUCUUUUUCAGGUUACAUUCGUGGAUGAUACGUGGCGAGCCUUCGAGCUAAUUCCCUGGAUAACUCUUGGGGUGAUUGGCGGAGUUUUAGGGUCACUUCUUAUCAGAUUGAACGUGGAAAUCGCGAUAUUUCGUAGGCAGAGCGUACUGGCGGAUUGGCCCAUCUUAGAAGUUGUAUCGGUUAGUGCCUUUACCGCCGCCAUGAGCUACCUUGUAGUCUUCGCACGUGUUCAAACAUCGGAGUUGGUAGCGAAUCUCUUCCAAGAGUGUGACCCAACUAAAGGGGAUUACCACGGUCUUUGCAACCCAACUGCGACUCGACAGAACAUCUUUUUAUUGAUACUUACCGCCCUCAUGAAGAUGGCGCUAACUUCUUGGACGUUUGGCAUGUCGAUUCCAGCCGGUAUCUUCCUACCGACAAUCGCUAUUGGAGCAUGUCUGGGUCGAGCGAUGGGUUUGGUGACGCAAAGUCUUUACAGAGCUUAUCCCACCGCUUGGAUGUUUUUGUCGUGUCCUCCCGACCCUUCUGUGAGGUGCAUCUCCCCUGGUUUUUACGCAGUCAUCGGUGCUUCUGCCAUGCUGGGUGGCGUCACACGCAUGACAAUCUCCUUGGUGGUUAUCCUCUUCGAGUUAACCGGCGCGCUUUCGCAUGUGCUCCCAAUCAUGAUCUCCGUGAUGACCUCGAAAUGGGUUGGGGACGCUCUUGGAAAAGACGGGAUUUAUGCGGUCUGGAUCGCCAUGCGCCGAUACCCAUGGUUGCCUCCUGUUGACUAUCGUGACAGAGGAGAGACCGGCGCCACUCUGAUGAAGCCCCUUGCGUCUCUGUUUGUUAUCGAAGAUGGCAAAACCACUGUCAAGGAAAUGAUUCAGCUGCUGGAAAAGCACGAAUUCCACGGUUUUCCUGUCGUUGAUAGGCACAGCGAGUUUGUUGGCUAUGCAACUCGGGAGGAACUACAACUGGCCAUUUCGAAUGCGUUGCUUUCAGAAGAAGCCCUUACCAGCAGGCGAAUCUGCACAUUUUCACAGAACCACCUACGGAUACAUGCAGAUGAACGACUGGAUCUCUCUGGGACCCUGGAACAAGCCGUAAUUCAGCUUCGCAAAGAGGUCCCACAAGAACUAGUCGUGAAAAUGUUCCAAAAACUUAAUCCUCGGCAAAUUGUUUUCACGCAUGCUGGAAAGUUGACGGGAAUGGUGACCAAAACAGAUGUCGUUGCCUUGCUUACGAGUCACUUUCCGCACGCUGCUGCUCUGGCGGAGAGAUCUGGAUCAUGA